ACAGUUUAGUAAGAUGCUUUGUAAUUCUACUUUGGUGUUCAGGAAAUUAAGUUUGAACCCAGUGUCAUGUGCGAACCAAUUGAGAAGAAAUUCACAUUCCGAGCCUGUCAGCUGGAAGAUGGUGACAUUAUUUGCUUUCAAAAGUCCCUUCCCAUUGAAAGUACUGAACAACUCCGCUAUCCAGAUGUGCCUUCAUUUUUGGAAUAUGUGCAUAAUCACCAAGUUGUACACUUUCGGUCUUUGGAAAAACCAAAGGAAGAUGAUUUUUGUCUGGAGAUGUCAAAGCUCUAUACUUAUGAUGACGUCGUUGAAAACGUAGCUCUGCAACUUGGUUUGGAUGAUCCAUCCAAAAUCAGGCUUACAGCUCACAACUGUUACUCGCAGCAACCUAAGCCUAAGCCAAUUAAGUAUCGAGGAGUUGAUUAUUUGUCUGAAAUGCUGGUUCACGACAAUCAGACAUCUGAUAUUUUAUACUACGAAGUAUUAGACAUCCCUCUUCCAGAAUUACAAUGUUUGAAAACCCUGAAAGUAGCAUUUCUGCAUGCUACUAAGGAUGAAGUUGUUAUUCAUACCAUCAUGCUACCAAAACAGAGCACCGUAGGUGAUGUGCUUAAUGAUCUUAAACCAAAGGUUGAGUUGUCUCAUCGUAAUGCCGAACUCAGGUUGCUUGAAGUUUUCUAUCACAAGAUCUAUAAGAUUUUCCCGGCCAAUGAGAAGAUUGAAAAUAUAAAUGAUCAAUACUGGACAUUGCGAGCAGAAGAGAUUCCAGAAGAAGAGAAAAAUCUUGGUCCUAAUGAUCGCCUUAUUCAUGCAUACCACUUUACCAAAGAUACGGCUCAGAAUCAGAUGCAAAUUCAGAACUUUGGGGAACCAUUUUUCUUGGUAAUACAUGAAGGUGAGACUUUGGCUGAAAUAAAACUGCGAAUACAGAAGAAACUGCUAGUUCCAGAUGAAGAAUUUGCAAAGUGGAAGUUUGCAUUCCUAUCACUUGGUCGUCUAGAAUAUCUUCAAGACAGUGACAUUUUGUUCAGUCGUUUUCAGAGUAGAGAUGUUUAUGGUGCUUGGGAACAGUAUCUUGGAUUGGAGCACUCCGACAAUGCUCCGAAGAGAUCUUAUGCUGCUAAUCAGAAUCGCCACACCUUUGAGAAAGCAGUUAAAAUUGACAAUUAGGGAGCACUCAAAUAUCUACUUCAUUGCUUUGGAUGAAUAUUAUGCUCUCAACAAUUAGAUGGAAAUGGGGGAGGAAACCAGAAGCAAAUGUCACUGUAAUGCGGCUAGCAUUGAGAAGGCAUAUGCAGCAUUUGGUUGUUUAUUUGUGGGGGUAUGUGUAGUUCUUUCACUAGUUUUGAUGGUGUGGAGACUUAAUCUUAGCAAGUGUGAAUUUGUCCCAUGAAGCUUUUCAUACUUCCAUUGAUAGAUGGGAGUUUCCGUCCAGGUGAUAGAUCAGUUGAACAGUGUAACUUUUUCAUGGGUAUGUAACAGGAUUUUGGGAUCAUUGAAAGUAGAUACAGGGUAUUGAUGCCGUGAAUGUUGUCAUUUUUGUUCCCCUCUGGUUUGCUUCGCUUCCUGCAAUGGUUACUGUUCUUUUUAAGUCCACGUAUAUCUAUGUUUGAUAUGAAACUCGACAGGCAUUGCUUUGUGUUCUUCUCCUCGAACCUCUAAUUUUUAUUUAGACAUUCUUAGCAAAUAAGAAAGAAAAUGUAUUGGUGUUA